CGCCAAUAAACAACAACAGAAGAAGAAGAAAAAGAAACCUUCACCAUCCUUGGUCUGAACUCUGUAGACGUUCAUGUGCAGCAGUGAUGAGUUUAGACACGGAAAAUCAGAUCACUACUUUAAGUGACAUCUGCCUCCGAGCUGUCAGUGAGCAUUUGAAAGUUCUGGGGACGACAGCGGUACUUGGUCUUCCAAGAGAACUUCUAAAGGGUCUUACUCCUUAUUUGAAUGUGUGUCAGCUGGAUGAACUUCAGCCGGGGCUCAACCUGAAAGGAAUAUCCACACUCCCUGAAUGGCAUAAAGUCUACCUGCAAUUGGGUGGCUGGGCCUCGCUGAAGGCAUCUGACCCGGAGCAAAAUGUGAAACAGGAAGUCAUGUGGAGGAUGUUUGCAAUGGUCAUCAAUGACCAAAGCCUACCUCAAAGUGUUAGGAAGCAUUUAAACACUCCAGACAUUUUGUUGACAGCAGCUAAAAGCAUCAACCAUUUUAAACUGUCUUUCAAGCGCAACUCAAGGAUCGACUUGAUAGUUGGACAGACGCCCGUUCUACGUGUCUUAGAAGAGACGGUUACUACACUUUCACUUUGGCUUGAGAAAAUUGUGCUUGGAGAGGAGAGGAGAUUACAGAUGUACAUCAUCCAUCGCCUGAUGAAACAUGGCGUCACCAAACAUGUCGUUCUACGUACGGAUUACCAUUACAUCUUGUCUAAGGUGCUGUUUGAAGGAGGAUGUCUGAGCAAACAUCACAGGGAAGACACGUGGAAUGACGAAGGAGAAGAAGAAGGUUCCCCAGCAAAACUCUUAAAGAUGAACCCAGACGUUCUAGAUCAAAAUGUCCGUACAUGCACUGGGUGUCCAAACAGAGUCAUUGAACAUCUGGAACUGGCGGACUGUUCACUCAGGAGCUUGAAAAACCUGACUAAAAUCCUUCCUUCAUGCUCGCAUCUCACCGCUCUGACGGUGCGCGGCAAGAACACUUUUCAGUUUUCCGACGUGUUAGACUUCACCAAAGCUCUGAAGCAGCUAUUUCAACACUCUGAUGCAUCCCUCAGACGUCUGUCUAUCUACUCGCUGUCGUACCUGUCCUUGCUGAGCCUCCUGUUGCACGCCUAUCCCAGGCUGAAGGAGCUCAAUGUGGAGUUUGAUAACGUUUUUCAGGAGAAGCUGCCGCUUUGGAAGGAUACAGGUCUGUGCUUUGACCAAUGCGGUAGCUUCAGCAGGCGUCGUUUACUCUGUCCUAACCAUCCUGCAGGCGAACUUCCGUUGUCGCGCCUGUCAGUCGAAAUGCAUCAGGACCUCCUGACAGCUCCCAACUUCCUCGUGUCCGUGUUAAGAUGCUGCCCCCAUCUGGUCACGCUGCAUGUGAAAGGGAUGCGCCUGCUGAUUCCGUACUCUCAAAAGGAACUCCUCAACACGCUGUCAGAGUAUAAUGGCAACCUGACAAGUCUCUACUUGACGGACCUGAACUUGUCUGACUGUUUCCACGAGCUCCUCACCCUGUUGCGAGUGUGCAAGCUGGAAGAGCUCCACCUCCAUGACUGCCGUCUCCUGGAGCGGCAUAGUGACAAGCAGGCGGUUAUGGUGCUGCUAGUCAAGGCCCUGAAGGCAGUGCCGUGUCUGCGCAAGCUCACAUUGUCUGAGAACCGCCUUGCCUGCAAUGUCCACAUGCUGGCAGAACUCUUCUCUGGACCUGCGCCCAGCUCAGUGGAAUACCUCGAUCUGCGCCUAAAUUUCAUCCAGCCAGCUGAUCUGCUGCUCUUCGCUGAGGCCUUAACGACACACCCUCCACCGAACCGUCUCACCCUCAACCUCGCGUACAAUAUGGGAGUCCGAGACAAACGCAGCUGGAACGCUGCACUGGACAAGCUCCGUCCAUUCUGUCAGCUGGUAUUCAAUGAUUGGGAUUCCCGCAACUUAAUGGCCGACCACAUUAGCAACAUGUGAUAAAGAUCCUGAGAGAUCCUGUCACGACGUCCGCAUCAAGACCAGAACAAGUGACACAACCAGGAAGUCUGGGGAAGGCUCGACCAAAGAUAUUAGAGCGCAAUGCAUAAGACUGACUACUUAAAGGAAAGCUGCACUUUAACUAAGCUAAAUGCUUGGUAACCCAUAUUAUGGCGAAAAGAAUGGGAGUGCCACAUCCAUGCACCAAGCUGAAGCUGGACUGGCUGUGUGGGAACAGGAGAACAAGAGUUGAAGCUGGGUGAGUUUGUCACGUCCAGCCUGAUCGAAUGAAUUGAUUGAUUGAUUAAACACGGGCAGGCUUUUCUCUGGACUCUUUCAAACAGGGUGUCCAAACUUUUUUCCGCUGAGGGCUGCAUACGGACAAAUCAAGGAUGCAGGGCGUACUUUUCCACACAGUAUGUUGAGACAUUUUCAUAUAGAGAAAAAAAAAUAGCCUACAUCUCAGUUUUGUUAUCUUUGACAAAGUAUAUCAGCUUUUUGCUUUUUUUUUUAAACAAACAUUGUAACUUUCUUCUUGUACAUUUUUCUUGUAAUAUUAUGGUUUUAUUGUCACAAUAUUUUGACUUUAUUAUUGUAAUACAACAUGGGCUCAAGCAAAAAAUCAGUAUGCGGAUCAACAUAAUUUUUUUGCAACUGUAUUUACUUUGUCAUGUUACAACAUAUUUCAAUUGUAUACUGCUAUUUUCUCUUUUUAUAACUUUAUUCUAAUAUUUUUUCUAUUUUUGUAAAAUGACUGCUCUUUUUUCAAUUUUUGCUGUUUUUUAUUGUCUUGUUUAAAUAUUUAUUUCUUGUUUAAUUGUAUUUUUAAAACAGCAGUAUGUCUCAUUUUGCACUGAAAUAAUGAAA